AUGGUAGAUGUUGAAAUUCCCCAUACUGCAGGAGUUAAUGCUGGAAUUGACACCAGCAGUCCUCUCUAUGUUCAUCUAUCCUGGAGAAGAGGUGUUCUGCGUGCUUUAUCUGUAAAGAAUAAGUCAAGUUUAAUCGAUAGAAGUUGUACAAAGCCAGCUGAGAAUUCUCUACAGCUUCGACAAUGGCAGAGAUGUGAUGAUAUGGUGACAUCGUGGAUACUGAAUUCUCUGAGUAAGGAAAUCUCUGAUAUUGUGGAGUAUGUUAAUAAUUCUAUUGAACUUUGGAAGGAACUGGAAGAUCGUUAUGAUCAAACCAAUGGUGCAAAGUUGUAUCAGAUACAAAAGAAAAUUGACGACUUAACACAAUGUGUGCUAGACAUAAUUGUUUACUAUACAAAGAUGAAGAAGUUGUGGGAGGAACUGAGUACUUUGAAUACCAAAAGCUUGUGCACUUGCAUAUGCACAUGUGGUGCUAAGGACAACAUGUACAAAGCUGAGCAGGAUAGGCGAUUGAUACAGUUUCUCAUGGGGUUAAAUGAAGUGUACAUUGUGAUUAGAGGUAAUAUACUCAUGAUGAAUCCACUUCCCUCUAUAGCACAAGCUUUCUCUUUACUGAUUCAUAAAGAAAAGCAGAGGGAAUUUAGGCCUGCUAGUCGUAUGCCUAUGGACUCAACCUCUUUGAAUGUGAAUUUUGUUAACACUGGUAGGGGAUCCAUAGACAGAUCUUAUAGAACAAACUUUUCAAAUAGCAACUCAGGUAACAACAAUAAUUAUGAAAGAAAUGGUUCAUACUCAGGAAAUGACAACAAUAAAAAUGUUAUAGUUUGUGAGUAUUGUAAGAAACAAGGACACACCAAAGAAAAGUAUUACAAGUUGCAUGGAUACCCACCGGGGAACAACAUUCUCAACUACAAACUAAAUAAUGGACAGUCCAGACAAACCAAUCAUCAAAACUUUAAGGGCAAAAAAAUUGUUGCCAAUGUACAUAGUACAUCAGUUGAUACUCAUGGGGAAGAAUGCUCACAGGGUAACAACAAUCCAAACUCUGUCAUCACACAAGAACAAUAUGGUCAAAUUAUGAACCUCCUGCAGCAGUUUCAACUUGAUAGUCCAAGAGAGGAUUUCAAGGUCAAUGCUAAUUCUGGCAAUUUUGCAGGUACAGUAGUGUGCACUUCUUCUAUUGAUUUUGGUAAUGCUUUAUGCAAAUGCUUUAAAUCAAAUGCUGACUUAUGGAUCAUUGACUCAAGAGCAUCAAAUCAUAUGACCUUUAAUAGAAAUUCCCUAAUCAACAUUCAAACCUUACCUUACCCCAUACUUGUUUCACUUCAUAAUGGAUAUAGAGUCAAGGUGACAGAAUGUGGUGAGGCUCUAAUUGAUAAUAACAAAGAGGGGAUCUACUAUAUGUGUGGAAAAUGCUUGAGGAACACUGUUAGUGCUAAUGCAGCUGCCAUGUGUAGUUGUCUGUCUCAUAGGAGUUUUUCCUUUUCAACUUCAUUUUGUAGUCACAAUUUCCAUUCCAAUGUUAAGAAUCACUUUGUUGAUGAUAAACCAUGUAUUGCAAAAUGUGGUGUACUCAAUACCAGAAAUGUUCACUUUUCUUCUAAUCAAAUUCCUGAUACUCAUGUAUGUUCCUCUGCUAAUAAUACAAAUGUGUUGUCUGAUGUUACAUCUGCUAAAUCUCCUAGAAAUAAUGUGGACUUAUUGUGGCAUAAUAGACUUGGUCAUGUGCAUUUUGUAAAGAUGAAGAAUAGAUCCAGUCAAGUUGUCCCCUAA